CUUUAGGGCAUUUGUUGAUUAUGCGUUGUGGAGCUCGAUCCAUGGCGCUUGUCUCGGCAUCGCUCGUGCCCUCGUCGCGUGGAGCUCUCGUCUCCACAUCGGCCACAGCUGUCUCUGGAUCCAGGCCUCGCAAGGUUUGGCUCCCGCAUUUCCCUCGAGCUGCCGCCUCGAAUCCGGCGCUGGUAGCGUCGAAAUCGAGCGUGUUUGGGAGGAGAUUGGCCCUUGGCGCUGUUGGAGCUGGCGUUGCAGCUCAGAUUGCUUGGGGCGCGGGGAAGGCGUUUGCUUCCACGGCGACCAAGGAGAAAUCCAUCCACGAUUUCACCGUCAAGAAUAUCGAUGGGAAAGACAUUGAUUUGAGCACGUACAAGGGGAAAGUUCUACUCGUUGUCAACAUUGCUUCUCAAUGUGGAUUGACUUCCGGGAACUAUAAAGAAUUGGUAGAAGUUCACAAGAAAUACAAAGACCAAGGCUUUGAGGUUUUAGCAUUUCCAUGCAACCAGUUUGGUGGUCAGGAACCAGGAUCUAAUGAGGAAAUCAAGCAGUUUGCGUGCACCAGAUACAAGGCAGAGUUUCCAAUCUUCGACAAGGUGGAUGUGAAUGGGCCAUCGACAGCUCCAGUUUAUCAAUUCCUCAAGAGCAGCAAAGGCGGAUUGCUGGGCGAUAGCAUCAAAUGGAAUUUCGGUAAAUUUCUAGUGAACAAAGAUGGGCAAGUUGUGGAAAGAUAUGCUCCCACCACUUCUCCCUUCCAGAUCGAGGGCGACAUUAAGAAGCUGCUAUAAAAUUCUAAACAGAGGUUUUGGUGUAAAUCCGAUUGUGAGCAUAAUUAAGGAGCAUGCGACUCUACUCCUACAUGCAUGCAAUUCAGUUCAUUCUAGAA